CUGACAGCAUCAGGGGUCAAAGGUCGGCGGUAGCUAUGAUUCUCCACAGACCAGUUAAACAUGGAGUCUAUCUUCCACGAAAAACAAGAAGGCUCUCUGUGUGCUCAGCACUGCCUGAACAACCUGCUGCAGGGAGAAUACUUCACUCCUGUUGAUCUGUCCUCUAUCGCACAUCAGCUGGAUGAAGAGGAGAGGAUGAGAAUGGCUGAAGGUGGUUUGCUGAGUGAGGAGUACAGGACUUUUCUACAGCAACCGUCCGGAAACAUGGACGACAGCGGCUUCUUUUCUAUUCAAGUGAUAAGUAACGCUCUAAGUGUUUGGGGUUUGGAGCUGAUCCUCUUCAACAGCCGCGAGUACCAGCGACUAACGAUAGACCCAGUAAAUGAAAAAGCCUUUAUAUGUAACUACAAAGAGCAUUGGUUUACAGUACGAAAACUGGGACAUCAGUGGUUUAAUUUGAACUCAUUGUUAACGGGACCAGAGCUGAUAUCAGAUACUUACCUUGCACUUUUCCUAGCACAAUUACAGCAAGAAGGCUAUUCCAUCUUUGUCAUUCGAGGGAAUUUGCCUGAAUGCGAAGCAGACCAACUUUUGCAGAUAAUGAGGGUGGAACAACAGCAUCGACCAAAACUCAUAGGAGAGGACGAGGCUCAGACAAGCGGGCAGGGGCCCACUGUGCAGCAUGGUGUGGAGACACAGCAUGAUAUGGAACAGGGUGUAGUAGAUGAGGAUGACGAGGAGCUGAGAAAAGCAUUGGCUCUUAGUAGACAGGACAUAGAAGUGGAGGAUGAGGAGGCUGAUCUGCGUAGAGCCAUACAGCUCAGUAUGCAGGGAGCUUCAGGGAGCAGCAACCCUAUAGUUCCCAAAGAAGGUAGUACGGCAGUAGCUCCAGGUUCCACAGAAAGCACUACAGGUGGACAGACAGAAAGCCUAACAGCAGAAGAGCUCCGCAGGAGAAGACAAGCCUACUUUGACAGGCAGUCCCAGCAACAAGCUCAAGUCACCUCUCCACAUCAGCAGGACACACAAAUAUCUGGUGAAGAACAGGACACUGGGAGUAAACGCAGCCAGUGAACACCGUGACUAUGGGGAUCUAUUUCCAGAGCUCUCUCGCAACCAACUACUGGCUGCCCGUCCAUCUGUUUUAAAGCGCAGCCUCUUCCCUCUAUAAACGGCUUCAGAUUGUGAAUGACAAGAAGGAGCAGAUGGCCAUUCACCAUUAACACACCGCUCUUUUGGGCCACUCGUUGAGAGUAUCACAUGGACAUAACUAACAUGCACAUGGAAAAAUAUGCCUGUUCAUUCUUUACAGUUGUUACUUUAAAAUUAGGAUAGGGAAAAGGGGAGGGCUUAGCAGCCCAGUAUACUUAUUUCCUGCUUAACUAUGGUAUAGCAUUUCUAUCACAGCAUCUAUAAAUGUAGCCAUUUAAUUUAAUAUAACUCCAAUGUUAUUUGAAUUAUAACUCAAAUAACAUUGGCCACACCUGCUCUUUCAUGAGUCUGAAGAACUAUGGUGGAUCAAUGUUUUAAUCUGGUAACUGAAAAGACAAUGUGAACCUGGGGGGAAAAAAGGAGGGGAACUAAAACCUUUCUUUAGGGUGCGGGAGCUACACAGGACCGCUAGACCCAUUUGUGUUUACUUGGUGGACUACAUCUGGUCGUAGCUUUUUUUGCCAGGCAUAUAUUGAGGGACCUUUUCUGUAUAAAUUCUCAUGAGCUACCUGUCUUAGGUGGGCUAGUAUUCAAGGGCUGUUCAAGAGGGUUGAUGCUUAAUUCUCAGUAAUACACAAUUCUUUGUUUUGGGUUCAGUGAAAGGUGUAGUUUCAACUUUUCGAUUAUAUCUGAAAAGUUAACACGUCAGAUUAUGUAUAUACCUGAAGUUGAACUCUGGCCUUCCACAAUGAUGCUUCAUGUCUAUAAGAGGCUACAGGAAGGGACAGUGUCUGUACUGUAUGGACAUGCAACCCUCAGUAAUGUAACAGAUACUGCUGUUCAUUCUUCAUUCAGCCUUUUGUUAGUUUUGUGUUUGCUUGUGUGUGUUUGUGUAUGCACCAAGCUCCCAUAGAGAGCACACCUGUUAACGGAUAAUCUGCAUUAGUCACUGGAAUGUAAGUAUACGGUGUAAUCGGUCGUCCUAUAUGUCCUAAUGUUUUCAAAUGGAAUUUAGUUUUCUCUCAAACGCAAGAUCAUAAAAGGCACGAAUCUAUUUUCCCUCCAUAUCAAUGACCUUUUAUUGUAUUCCAUACAUGAGGAAAUUGGCCAGUUUAGCGUUGAAUAAAUUAGCAUACCAUUGUUUGAGCUCAAUCACUGAAUUAAAAGUUCUUGAGCUCAUUCAUAAAGUAGAGGAAUUGGUCAUUAUCGGGGCACAAGAUUAAGGUUGUAAUAGUGGAAAAAUGUUCAAACGAACUUUUUGAAUCACCUGUUUGACAAGAUAUACAGAUUGACCUUCCAUCUAUUUAGGGUUUUUUUUUUUUUUUUUUUUUUUUUUUUGUCCUUUUGAGUUUCAAACAUUACAAUUUCCAGAACAUCUUUAGAGAAACAGAAAAAUGCUACACGUCAUGUAAUAUAAAUCAAAGACUAUCUUGUUGGGACAAAUUCUUUGUUUCCAAUGUGUAUUCCAGGACUUAUUGGAAAACCCACUAUUACCAGGGCCGUUAUGCUAAGAUGCUACUUAUUAUUCACUGCACUUCCAAUGCAGUAAAGUAAUGAAGCUUUACUGAGAGUGUUUACAGGUACCUCACACUGGAUUGUCCAGUGGAGCAACUAUCUAGGGAUGAUGCUGAGUGUUGUGCGAGCAGUCACAUGUGUGAUGCUAAUGUGUGUAUGGUGGUAGUGUAUAUAAAUAGGCUACUACAUGAAUUUAUUAUUAUUAUUAUUAUUAUUAUUAUUAUUAUUAUUAUUAUUGCACCUUUAAAAAGGUAGUAGACAUUCAAGGCUUUUUGUCUUAGAACAUACUCUUACUCUCAGACUGUGUUCUUUGUACUCAUGUACCAGUACUGUCAGAUUCAUUUAUCACUAUUCCUUUUUUUAACCUUAAAAUUAAAUGUUCUUUUCCCAUGAA